UGGGAAGAGCUCACUUCAGUGCUUCGGAACCGAUCUCCAACAAACAGAGAAGAGGAUGGCUGAUCUACUCUGGCUGCUCGUCUCGCUUCUGAUGGUCAUUACGCUUUGCUUUCAUCCUCUGUGUGCGUCAGACCAAUGCAACCACGAACUGACUCGUCUGAAGGAACAGGAGAAGCUUCUGAAAAGUCAACUUCAGCAGCAAGAUCUCCUCCUGCGCAGACUACGGCUGUUAAACCAAGCUGCCAACGAGCCAAACACCGCAGUGGACCACAACCUCCAAACACAGCACCAAGACUGCUCUCAGCUCUACAGUUCUGGCGUCAAGUCCAGUGGGUUCUACAGCAUCCAACCUCGAGGCGCCCCUGCUCCAGUCAGGGUCUACUGUGACAUGAGCGAAGGAGGCGGUUGGACGGUGAUGCAAAGACGCAUCAAUGGAGCAGAGAAUUUUACCAGAUCAUGGGUGGAGUACAAGAAUGGUUUUGGAAACAUGGUUGCAGACCUUGGAGAGCUUUGGCUUGGCAAUGACAACCUGCAUUACAUCACUACACAAGGCAAUUACACACUGACAAUUCAUCUGGAAGACUUUGAUGGUAACCAACGUCAUGCUGAGUAUAGGAACUUUAAGGUGGCAGAUGAAAAGGAUUUCUACCGACUUACCUUUGGAGCCUACACUGGCACAGCAGGAGAUGCUCUCUCUGGGAAUUACCAGGCAGGAGUGUCAGACUGGGCCAGUCAUCAGGGUCUUCAAUUCAGCACCUAUGACAAGGACAAUGACAACUACCAAGGCAGCUGUGCACAGGAAGAUAAAGGAGGCUGGUGGUUCAACAAGUGCCACUCAGCCCACCUGAAUGGCCGGUACUACCCCAGUGGGUACUACAGUGGGCUGACUGAUGAUGGUGUGGUUUGGUACACAUGGAGAGGAUGGUGGUACUCGCUGAAAACUAGCAUCAUGAAACUACGACCCGACAACUUCAAAAUCAAGGAUUUGGACGACCCGAAUAUGGUUCAUAAGGCUUAGAUAUUAAAGCUGCUCUUUCGUAGGCACAAACACCUCUGCAAUCUAACAAGAAGUCAUUUACACAUUGCUACAGCAUACAACCUGAAUACACUAUAAUAAAUAUAGAAACCAUACACUAUGGUAGUUACAAGUAGCUUUAUUUACACAUUUACAACACAGCUUAGUACAGUGGAUUCCCACCCAUCCACGAUUCAGCAUUUACAGCUCUGCAUAUCCAUGGAUUUUUGGUAAAACAAAAUUAUUAUUUUUUCCUCCACAAAUAGGUCGUUUUUUCCACAGAAAACACACUUAUUCGCCAUAAUAUGUUUGUGAUAAUACAUGUCAAAUAUACUGUUAAAAAGCCCACCAUUUUGCAUGUUUAUGUCUUUAUGUUUCACUGGUAAUGUCUUUUCCUCAAGCGUUGAGAUAUCGCACUUUGGUCGGCGGUGCUUGAACACACCAUAGUUGUAUGCUGUGACUUCGAUUUCAUGUGUUCACGGAUCAUCUUACAUUCUGAUUCAUUAGUGGUGAGUAGCUAUACGUGUUAUAGUUUAAAUGUGCUAAAUCAGUGUGUGAGGCAUAUUUAAGGAUUAAACCUGGAUUCAGCAUUUUAGCAUUUAGCUUGUUAGCUUCUGUCGCUAGUGAACAAUAAACACAUCGGAGAGGAACAUUAACGUAAAGCUUGUAUGAAGGUUUGGCAGGGAGGGUCAAGCCGUGUGUCAAAAAUAUACAUUUUUAUGGCAUAUCAAUGACUCCCACAUGGUCCUGGAUUUUAACCCCCACAAAAAAUGGAGAUUCACUGUAUUGACUUUAUUUUUGCUCAUACAAUUAUAUGUAAUA